GAGGAUAACUCUACCCAUACAUUGACAGUAGUGUUGGCCACGGCUUUUGUAAUAUCGAUGAUGACGGGACUCGUCGCUAUGUUUUCUCCCUGUUUUGAGGGCCACUUUCUUUAUAAAUCUUUGUUGACGACAACUAAUAAAGACAACCAAACAGAAACUGCAUUCAACGCAACUAUAGUAUGUAUUUUAAACGUGAUGUCAAAUAAACGUGUGAUGACUGCCGGCGCUAUAUUUGCGACCACAAAGAGACUGAUGGCAGAGGAAAAUGGUUUUCACAAAAGGAUUUGGUUUCAGCCACGCGUUCAGACAUCUAAUAUCCCAUCUUUUAUAUAAUCGUAUAUUAAAAACUAAACUAUUUUUUAUUGAUUUUGGUUAUUCAAUAUUAUUAUGUUUUUACAAUAUUUACAAUCUUAAAAAUAUGAAAAAUAAAUAUUUUCUUUGGUAUUAUUAUUAAAUAUUGCAUUAAUUGUAUUAAUAACGCAUAC